AAUCGAAACAUACAAACUGUGAAGUGCAAAUUCGAAAGGGGUCAAUUUUCUUCUCAAAAUGUUGUGAACCACAUAAACCCUGAACGGAUGAACGACAUGGAUUCCUUCAUAUUUGAGAGCCACACCAUUCCUUGCAUCUCUUUUGUCUCCCUCCCCCCCUCUCCUUCCAUGGCUUCCGUAGCAGCCACACAGGUUCUAUUGCAGAACGCUCUCUUGCGAAAUCACCCAUCAACAGGAUCCUUUGGACUCCAUAGCUCCACUUCUAAAGCUCUGGUUCUUCGACUUCGAGCCUCACAGACGUCAGAGGGGCCUCGCGAUCGCCAGAGAGCACCCCCUGGAGUUGAUACAAGAAUUCAUUGGGACAACGAAGAUGAGGGUUGGAUUGGAGGCACCACAAGUAACACGAGACAGUCCAAAGCAGAGGGUGCUGGGCCAAAUUUUGCUGAUUUGCUUUCUGAUUCUUCUGGUUCUCAUUACGAAUUUUUAGGAGUCUCAGCAGAAGCUGAUUUAGAAGACAUUAAAGCAGCUUACAGGAGAUUAUCAAAGGAAUAUCACCCAGAUACAACUUCACUGCCUCUAAAAACUGCCUCAGAUAAAUUCAUGAAGUUGAGAGAAGUCUACAAUGUCCUGAGCAAUGAAGAGAGUCGAAAAUUCUAUGAUUGGACGCUUCUCCAGGAGGCGGCAAGCCGGCAAUCAGAGAAGAUGAAGAUGAGAUUGGAGGAUCCUUUUGAGAAAGAAGCGAAGAACUGGGAAUCUGUUCCUGACAUGGUUGAUCGGCUUGGAGGAAGGAACAUGAAGCUCAGUGAUCAAGCAACGACUGCUCUCACUAUUGAUGUUUUCAUCAUUAUUUUUGCGAUUUGCUGCAUCAUUUAUGUAAUAUACUUCAAAGAACCAUAUUACUAGAUUGUUAAUAUAAAAUUAAUUAAAAAUAUUUAAAUAGAAGCUAGAAUGUAGCAUCUUAGCCCAGAAGUUGUGUCUGUAUCAUAAAUUCUUGUAUUAUAAAAUGUACAUCUCACUCACGCAGUUGAAGUUGAAUAUACAUGUAUAAGACCCCAGUAAAGGAUUUCUGGAGAGGUUUCAUCUGAAGGCGAGCUUCUCACAUAUGAAUGCAAAUGGUUCAAAUUUUAUUUGAA